AUGGAGAGGUACUAUAAAAGAAUUAGAAGGGAUGAUUCAAUUGAAUCAACUCCCAAGUCUCCUAUAUUGAUAAAUGACAAUGAAGUGUCUCCUAAUCCUGAACCCGUAGUACAGUCAAAUAAUCAAGCGCAAUCCCAACCUGAAUUCCAAUCAAAAAAUGUAUUUGUUAAUCGUGUUCAAAUAGAUUUGUCAAAUCUCCCUUCCGAUCCUGGUUUACGACCGAAAAUUUCAGAUUAUGAUCUGAAUGAUCAAGAUGUGGUUCGAAGAGCUUAUCUACUAAAAGGUCCUUGUCAGCCUAUGAAUCAGGUGUAUCCCAGAAAGAUAAUAUCUGGAAGAAGUCGAGGGUUCAACAGUGGUAAAUAUUUUGAUAAAUAUGGGAGUUGGUUAGAGUAUAGAAAGUCCAAAGAUGCGUUGUUUUGCUUAUAUUGCUAUCUAUUUCCACCGGUAAUUGGACAACGUGGUCAUGAUGCAUUUGUAAAUGUUGGAUUUAGUAGUUGGAAUCAUUGUAACAGGGUAAAAGAUCAUAUUGGAAGCAUACAAAGUUCUCACAAUAUAGCUUAUCAUAAGGGUCAAGAUUUAUUGAACCAAAGUCAUCACCUUGAGACAGUGCUUGAAAAACAAUCUACUAAAGAAAAAAACGCUGAUAAUAAUGAGAUUGUGAAUAAUGUUGUUCUUGGCAAUGCUCCAGCAAAUCACAAGCUAACAUCACCAGAUAUUCAAAAGGAUCUUGUAAAUGCUACUGCCGUGGAAACUGUUAAUGAAAUCAUAAAAGAUCUAGGAGACGAAUUGUUUGCAAUUUUAAUUGAUGAAGCUCGUGACGUAUCAGUAAAAGAACAAAUGGGUGUUGUGAUACGAUACGUUAAUAAGAAAGGAUGUAUUAUGGAGCGUUUUAUUUCAAUGAUACAUGUUCCCAACACCACUGCUAUUUCAUUGAAAACAGCUAUUGAUGAAUUAUUUGCUAGGCAUGGGUUGAGCAUCACAAGGUUGCGUGGGCAAGGAUAUGAUGGUGCCAGUAAUGUGCAAGGUGAGUACAAUGGAUUGAAAUCGUUAAUUUUGAAAGAGAACAAGAGUGCAUAUUAUUUACAUUGUUUCUCACAUCAACUUCAGUUAGCUCUUCUGUAUGUUUCCGAGGAUAUUCCAGAAAUUGCUGCAUUUUUCACUCUAGUUUCAAGAGCAACAAAAUCUGUAGGAGCUUCAUGCAAGCGUCGUGAUAAUUUGAGAGCAAAAGAAGUUGAGAGAAUACAAAGAUUACUUGAGACUGGUGAAUUAUCAACUGGUCAAGGUCUUAAUCAGGAAAUUGGCGUCAAACGACCUUGUGAUACACGUUGGAAUUCACAUUAUGGUAUGCUUGUGAAUUUAACAAUCAUGUUUUCUUCUGUCAUUGAAGUUGUUGAUGAGGUUAUGGAAGAUGCUAUUGGUUCUAAAGAAAAGGGUGAUUUCUUACUUUUACUUACUAGUUUGCGUUCUUUCGAUUUUGUCUUCAACUUGCAUCUUAUGAAGGAUAUACUAAGGAUCAGUAAUGAUCUUUCAAAAGCUUUACAACGGAAAGAUCAAGAUAUUGUAAACGCUAUGAACUUGGUUAAAUUGUCUAAAGAACGCUUGAAGAACAUGAGAGAUUCUAAAUGGCCAUCAUUUCUUGAAGAUGUUAACUUAUUUUGUCGUAAGCACGAUAUAUCGAUCAUUCAGAUGGAUGAGGAUUAUGUACCUCCAGGGAGAUCACGGCGAUACAGACAGGUAAUAAAAAAUUUACAUCAAUACCAAGUUGAAUUAUUUUAUGUUUGCAUAGAUAAACAACUUGCUGAAAUCAACAAUCGCAUUGAUGAAAUGAAUAUGGAAUUACUUGUAUGUAUGUCGUGCCUAAACCCGAAGAAUGAUUUUGUUGCUUUUGAUACCAAGAAUUUGGUUCGUCUUGCCGAAUUUUAUCCUGAUGACUUCUCAGAGCAAGAAUGCAUGGACCUUGAAAAUCAACUCGAGGUUUAUGAAAUGGAUAUGAAAUCCAAUGAUGCAUUUAAAGAGUUAAAUGGAAUUAGCAGUCUAGCUAAGAAACUGGUUGAGACUGGGAAGGAUGUUGUAUAUAAUUGGGUGUAUAAGCUUAUAAAGUUAUCACUAAUCUUACCAGUUGCUACCGCUACGGUUGAAAGAGCUUUUUCUGCAAUGAACAUUGUCAAAUCUCGCCUACGGAAUCGAAUGGGGGAUGAAUGGUUAAAUGAUUGCUUAAUCACAUAUAUUGAGAGGGACAUUUUUAAGACCAUAAAGGAUGAGGUAAUCAUGCAGCGCUUCCAGAAAAUGAAACCCCGAAAAGGACAAUUAUGA